GAGAGAGAGAGAGAGAGAGAGUGUAAAAUAAUUGAAGAGGACGAUAGCGAGAGAGAGAGAGAGGAAGAGGAAGAGAGAUUGCUGGUCGGAGUGACAGAAAGAAAGCGGGACCCGUCGGAGAUAAAAAAAAAAAGUUAAGUUGUUCGAAAUCAGAGCAAGGAAGAUCGGUUCGGUGAAGAGAGAACCGCAAGGCGUGGAAGUCAAUUUUGCAGGCAUUCAGUGAAUCCAGGAGGGAGGCUGUUCUCAGAUCGGUGUGGCUUUUUGAUAAAUUGAGAAAAUGAGUGAGGUAUUUGAAGGAUACGAACGCCAGUAUUGUGAGCUAUCUGCCAAUCUAUCCCGAAGGUGCACUUCAGCUAGCGCACUUGAUGGAGAGCUAAAGAAGCAAAAGCUCAGUGAAAUAAAAGUCACCUUGGAAGAUGCAGAGUCUUUGAUUCGCAAAAUGGACCUUGAGGCAAGAAGUUUGCCACCAAAUGUCAAGGCUGUGCUUCUGGCUAAAUUAAGAGAAUAUAAGUCUGAUCUCAAUAAUCUAAAAAGUGAAGUUAAAAGGAUUGCUUCUGGUGACCUCAAUGCUGCUGCCCGAGAUGAACUGCUAGAGUCUGGGUUGUCUGAUGCAGUGACGGUAUGUUUGGGCUUUAGCAUUUUGGAUGCAUUAUGGUUUUGAGGUGCUUUUUUAACUGGCUUAUCAUUCUGUGGCACAUUAAAUAUUAUGAUGUAUUCAAACUGAUAUGAGUGAUCUUCUAGUUCUUUGGUAUUGUGAGAUUUUCCAGUCACUCUUUUUCUUUUUAAGUGCAUACGCAGGGCAAUGGGGAUUCUCUACUUUGUGAGUAUCUGUGCACUUUCGUGUUAUGAAUGUCUUGCAUACUGCUACACUUGGCAGUUAUGAUAAUCAAGCAGCCUAUGGCUCUCCUAGGUUGAGUUACAUAUCGGUUCUACAUCCAUUACAAGGAUGUUUAAGCAAUAUCUUGUUCAUGUGAUGUUGGGUGCAGGCAUCAGCUGAUCAUAGGUCAAGAUUAAUGACGUCGACAGAGAGAUUGAAUCAGUCUGAUGAAAGAAUCAAGGACAGCAGGAGAACUAUGUUGGAAACAGAAGAGCUUGGCGUUUCUCUUCUUCAAGAUUUGCAUCAGCAGCGUCAGUCUCUUUUGCGUGGUCACGAUACGCUUCAUGGAGUGGAUGACAACUUGGGGAGGAGCAAGAGAGUGUUGGGUAACAUGAGCAGAAGGAUGAACAGAAACAAAUGGAUCAUCGGUGCUGUUAUUGUGGCCCUUCUUGUUGCGGUCAUCUUGAUUCUGUAUUUCAAACUUAGAUAGGGAGUUUGCCAAAGAAAAAAGAAUUCCCACUCUUAUGGAGUUUUUUCUGUGUUUGAUUCUACGUCGAGUUAUCAGUAACUGUUUUUAUGGCUGUUGUUGUUUCGUUUGGAGGCAGAAACUAUUGUAUUGCGAUUGCUGUCCUGGUGUGAAUUUAAGAUGAGUUUGCGAGUGUACUUUAUGAUGUUUUUGUUAUUAUGAAAACCUUGUUGAAUAAAAUCACAAGGGCUCAUAGGCCAACAUUGGCUGUUUGUAAUAGGAUGGUAAGCUGUUCCCAGCUCCUAAAGAUGAGCCACUGUAUUUGCAACGCUGGCACAAAAGUCCUCUUUCUUUCUUUCUUC